AUGGGCUCCAGAGUAUUCUCUAUUUCACUUGCAACAAUACUUACCACUGCAUGGGCUGCUCCGGCGGAGACAGCUGAGAGGUUUGGCUACGCAAAUAUUCUCCAGAGGGGAACUCAAGUCAGAGAUGCAUAUGACUACAUCAUUGCUGGUGCAGGAACUGCGGGUCUGACUCUGGCAGAUCGAUUAACAGCCGAUGGGAAAUAUUCUGUUUUGGUUAUCGAGUACUGCUACCCGAGUAGCAAUGGCCGAAAUUUCCUUGACCCUGGUAUCAGCUACAACAUCAGCUCUAUCCCACAGGUAGACAUGAACAACAGAGAACAGCAAGUGAGAAUAGGCUGCUGUGUUGGAGGAAGCUCUGCGAUUAACGGAAUGGUGUUUGUCCGAGGGACGAAACCUGAAUACGAUGGAUGGGCUGAGCUUGGUGGUACUAAGUCAACGUGGGAUUGGAAUGGUGUGUUACCAUAUUUUAAGAAAGCGAGCCAUUUCAACCCGCCGGACGAGGUGCUAGCAAAGAACUUCAACAUCACGUGGGACCCAGAAGUCUGGGGACAGGAUCCGGACACUCACAUUUAUGCAUCUUAUCCGAACUAUGAGGAGCCUGUCAUGAUCCCAUUUUACAACGCUGCGGCGAAGAUGCCGAAGAUGCCAAUUCCCAAAGAUGGAGCAGGCGGAAAAAGCGGACUUUUCUGGUUCCCAACAUCCAUGGACAAUCAAAAGUACUGGCGAUCAUACUCUCGGACUGGUCAUUACGACAAUAUUAAGAGAGACAACUAUGAUGUCAUCACUAUGCACAAGGUCAAGAAGAUCCUUUUUGAUGGGACAACAGCUACAGGCGUCCAGUUCAGUCCCAGAGACACGAAUCAGACUUUAACAGCGAGGGCUAGGAAAGAAGUCAUCAUCUCCGCCGGAACAGUCCACACCCCUCAAAUUUUGCAGAACAGUGGAAUCGGCCCCAAGGACUUACUCACCCAAGCUAAGAUACCCAUACUCAUUGAGCUCCCGGGAGUAGGCCAGAACUUCCAAGAUCAUGCCUACUUGGCUGUAAACUAUCAAUGGGGCAAUGGUAGCGGCCCGAUUGGGCCGAACAUCACUCAAACCGGCAACCCAUCUUCUAUCGCUGGUCCUAACCUAGGAGCUUGGAUCGGCCUUCCAACGAUGACCGAUGACUUUGAGAAAAUUGCUUCUCGCUACGAAGCCCAAGAUCCUGCGCAAUACCUACCCAAAAACACCCACCCAACCGUUAUCGCCGGUUACAAAGCCUUCCAAAAGCUUCACGCUAAGCUACUUCGAAGUACUAACUCCAACUGGCUCUGGCUCCCCAUCUUCGGUCAACCCGGCGGUAUCGUAAUGAGCAUGCACGUUGUCAGCCACGGCACAAUCAACAUCGAUCCGGCCAACCCCGAUGCCGAACCCAUCGUCGAUUAUCGCGCCCUUUCUAACCCCAUCGACCUCGACAUCAUGGUCGAAAAUAUUCGGUACAUGCGCAAAUUCAUGAACUCCUCCGCCUUUGCUGCCUCCCGACCCACAGAGACUGGGCCUGGAAUCAAUGUCGAGGGAAAUGAGUUGAAGGAGUGGAUUAAGAGUGUCUUGAUCCCGACGAACUUCCAUCCGAUUGCGACAGCGGCGAAGAAGCCAAAAGAGAUGGGAGGUGUGGUGGACGAGGAAUUGAGGGUGCAUGGAACGAAGGGGCUCAGAAUUGUGGAUGGAAGUAUAAUGCCAACAUUACCAGGGGCUAACACACAGCAGAGUGUUUAUAUGAUUGCCGAGAAGGUUAGUUUACUGACUUGUUAG